AAUGUCAUAAACUCGACUGGUCCUAAAGGUGAAAAAGGCGAGAGAGGAUUUCCUGGAACUAAUGAAAGUUUGGGGAUAAAAGGACAGAUUGGGGAUAAAGGAGAACCUGGACCAAAGGGCAACGUAAGUACAAAAUUAAUUCUACCUUAAUAGGCAAAAUAUUUAAAUUCUCGAAGUCCCACUGUUCCAGCAUUGUAUAAUCUUGAUCACCAAUGCUUAGACUGUACGAAAAUGCCAACUCGCACCUUGUAACAAAUUUUAAAAAUGCCAUCAGAAUGUAAUUUUCAGAAAGUUGGCAGGUCGUUUAAUUACAAUUAAUCUAUUAUUGUUUUCAGAAAGGAGACCAAGGUCCUCCGGGAACUAAUGGAACAAUAGCAACAUUUGGAGUAAAAGGGGAUCGAGGACCAGUUGGACCCGCGGGUCAAAAUGGGUCUGAUGGUGCUCCUGGUCAGAAAGGGGACCAAGGUGAUCCUGGACGAGCAGGGCAGGCGGGUAAAACUGGAUCUCCUGGACCCGUAGGCUUGCCAGGAGUAAAUGGAACUGUUGGAGAAAAAGGUGCUAAUGGAACGCAGGGGAUACCUGGAGGGAAAGGAGAGAAAGGGGAUAUGGAAUAUACAUCGUAUUUUAGAGGAAGUGAGUCUAUACAGUGAGUAUGUUAUUCUGUUCAUUGACAAGUGCUAUCUCUGAAUAAUGACAGAAGAAGUGAAGAUUAACUUUAUUUCCUUUCCUCAAUCCGAAACUGCAUCAAUCAUUACAAACCAGAGUAAUGUUAUAUUUUUAUCAUGUUCUAAAUAUACACAUGAUUACACUGUAUCCGUUAAGUUUGGUGGGAUCGCGCAAUUGCGGGGCCCAAACAAAGUUAAGCAUCGCUUAUAUUAUGUGCGUGAGUAUGUUAGUCUGUUAGUUUGUUCAAGAACGAACGCAAAUUUAUGCACAUUUUUCAAAAUAGUAUGUAUUCGCGUUUGGGGUGCACUUGUUCAUGCUGCCAACGUGCUGUUUUGCGCAUGAUCCAGAGCACCGGAAUGUGUAGUACUAUAUCUGGUUUCAUUAUUAGUGAUGAGUAAUGUUGUGGUUAUAACAUUUUGACACAAUCAAGAUUUUGACCAAUGCAAUUUCUUGAAAAUCAAAUCAAACUGUGCAAUGGAACAAAACGUAUAGUUCAGAAAUACGCGAGUGGGAGUGGAAUGGAAUGCGUUUCAUCGCACUCUUAGUAAAAUGGGGAUUAAUUCAAUAUCACGUUUUCACAAUCAUAAUCAUAAUAUGACCAUAAUUUAAAUAAGGUGUUGUAUAAUAUAUAGUAUGUUACUAUAUACUGUGCUAAUAUUACAAACGAGCAUUAUAUAUACUAACACUAUAGCAGUUGUUGGCAACGUUAUAAGGAUGGUAAUGUUAAUGAUGUACAGGUGAUGGUAGUGGUAAUGAUAGUUGCUGCAUUUUUCACAUAUAAAACAUUGGUGUACCUUUCAAAAGAAUCUUUUCUUUAAAUUUCUUCGUAACUUACAGAUGUAACGGCUCAAAUUUUGGUAUUCUGAGAUAUUACUCAACAAAACUUCAACUAUGUACGCCUCAUGGUUGGCAGUAUCUUUUGUUUGAGCCACCUGCUGGAUGUAGUAGUUAUCCUGAUGUGGUUAAUAUUCCCGAGGCAAACUACCAAGCCUUUCGUAAUGCAGACCUGGGCAUAAUAUUUGAGUUUAACAGAAAGUUUGUUCCAAGCGUGAUUUCUCGAGCGAAUCUCAAUAUUACUGCAGGUAAUAAUCUAGACACUUAUCUAUUGUAACCAGAGGAGGAAUGAGGCUCUUCCCGAAAUGCCUCAAUGUGGCUUAGUCGAACGGCGCGUUGACUCCGUUGAGAAUAAAUAUUUUAAAUAAUAAUGAACCGCAUUGGGGCAUGCGUUGCAUUUCGGGAAGACCCUCAUUCCUCCUCUGUAUUGUAACUAAGGCCGUCCUUUAUUCAUACAUUGUUGGGCCAUUCCAUUUAAUAUAGGCACGACCCCUAUUGCCUACUCCCUUCAUAAUCCCGUCAGAAUAUAAAAAUUGGAACUCUCUUUCAUGCAUUUUUUAGAAUUCACCCCAUAGGAUGUUUCACUAACCCUCUUUAGGAUAUCUCUUGCAUGGAUAUCACUAAAAUUCCAUGAGUUAAAUCAUAGGAAAAUUAUCCCCUUUAGGAUAUCUCUUGAAUAUCACUAAAAUUCCACGAGUUACCUCCUAGGAAAAUUUAGGAAGAUACCCCUCUUCUACCCCCAUUGGAAAUAUACAAGAUGGAUAUAUGGCGGGUACACAUGUUAAAUGGAAUGAUCCUAUAAAUGCGUCAUCACAUACACCACGGUCAUUUGUGAAUUGUCUUUUGACGCGUUUAUUCACCGCCUGCGUUUCUCGAACCUCUGUCGGACAUGGAAAGGCACAUGCAUGUUUCUAAGGGACCGUUUUCCACUAGCCUGGGAACAUUCGUUCCCGCGAUGCCAAAAAAUUCGGCAACGUGAUGGUUAGCUGAGGAGGAAAGUGGGAAGGGACCCACCUUUUCGCGGCAAAUCUGUUUUUCGCUUCGCGCGAACAAAUUCGCACAGUGGAAAACGGACAUUACUUACAACCAGUUUACCUGAGAGUGAUAAAUAAAACCGCAAUGAUACGUAACCUGCAUUUAUUUGUCAUAGAAUGUAAUGUCAAUAUUUAAACAUUUAUCUACCAGAUAUUUCACCAGUGAAUUCAACGCUACCUUACGAAGACGCCGUGAUGCGACAAGCUGUGUUAUUUUCUAAUAAUAAACAUUUAAAGAUUUCUGGUAUCUCGGAUAAUUUCUGGAGGCACAGCAACUGGUCAGUCAUGGCUUUACUGAAAUUCAGAAAUAUUGGCCAGAAAAAUGUUCGGGUAUUGGGUCAUGGCUCAACAUCUGUAAACAAUGGUUUGCACUUGGGCAUUUUUGGCAGCAGCAAGGUAAAUAUAUUUGCGAUCUGUUUAACUUAAUGAUUUAGGCGGAGAUGGAUAGAAGAAGGUAUUUCUGAAAAAAAAAUUUUUUUCUUCUAUUCAUAUAGCGUUUGUUUAAAAUUCUGAACGCUGAUCACGGGCAAUUAUAAUGCAGUGUUGUUAAAUAAAAAGUUAGAAAUGGUAUUAUACUUACCCAUGUAUGAUAAUUAUGUUUAAAAGAUCAGAAUAUUCAUAACUUUCUUUAUGUAAUAUUCGAAACAAAUUCCACAUGGUUGGCACUAUUUUCCAUCUAGCAAACUGACCUGACGUCAUUUUCGCAAGAUAGAAGAGGUGUUAAAUGGCUAUGUAACUAACCCAAACCCCACCCCUACUCUAACCCCUAACCCUAACCUCAACCCUAACCCUAUCCCUAACCGAAUUAAUAAAAAAAUCCAAAAAGAAACGACUUUACAAAAUCGAUAGGGCGGUUUGCUGGAUGGAAAAAAGUGUUAACCACUCCACAUCUACUUCGUCUGCCGUCCAUGUUUAUUCGUCCCAACUGAUCUACAUGCUGCAUGGCAUUGCUGCCCCUCCUGGCAAAAUAAUAAGCACGCGAGGAAAAUUAAGCAGAAAAUAAGAGGGUAGGAAAACAUCGUGGGCGUGUCAUCGUUCUGGGCGGAUAAGCUUUCGCAAUCUUGUGUCACACAGUGGUGUAGUGGGGGGGGGGGGGCUUGGGGUUUAGCCUCCCCUAUAAUUUUUGAAUAAUCUUAAACGAGAAUGUUCUUUAGAAUUGCAUCUACACAAUGCUCAGAAUAUUUUAUAUUACUAACGGCAAUUGUUUUUAAUUAAUAAGCAUAAUUUUGAAUGUUUGUCCCACAAUUAUUAGAAAGAAAAACCCAACAAAAUUUAGAAUUUCCAAAAUAUCAUAUUGUAAACACCCCUCCGCCAGUUCAGGGCACUUUCGGAGAACAUGGACACCUGGGGGGGGGGGGUGUGCAGGAGAGGGGGGGAGGUUUCACCCCCUGUCUCUAUCUCAUCGGGUAUGCCCAUACAGUUUAGUCGGGCAAAUUUUGAAAAUAUUCGAGUGCCUCAGAUUGAAAAGUAAUAGUGGUAGGAAAAAGUGGUAGUGAAAAAUGCUCCGUUCACCAACAAUUUUGGGAAAAGAAAUAUUAUUUAGAGACUGAUCAAAUGUUUGUCCCUCAGGAACGUCUUCAAACUUCGACCCCCCUCCCCCCAGCCGUUCCGUAAUACCGAAGUUUCGCCCCUGUUGGAAAGCCCCCCUUGUUAACAAUCCAGGACUACACCACUAGUGUCACAUGACUAAUUCAAAUUGUCAUAGGCGGGAAGCAGCAUUCACGUCAUCCCUACGUCAUGACGCUCUCGGUCGAGGUCAUGAUCCAACCUCGUUCCCAGGGCUUUUCCCUUUUUGUCAUUGGCAAAAAGGGAAAAGCCCUGGGAACGAGGUUGGUCAUGAUCAUGUUUGUGUCAUAUAUGGAAGUUAUCGACAGGUUUGUGCCAUAUAUGGAAGUGUCACUGUAUCCAGCUUAUGACCACGAUGUCCCUACCCCCUUAUUUUCUCCUUAAUUUUCCUCGCAUGCUUAUUAAUUAUUAUUUCCUCGCGUGCUUAUUAUUUUGCCACGAGGGGCGGCAAUGCCGUGCAGCAUGUAGAUUGAGACGAGUAAACAUGGCGACGGCAGAUGAAGUAGAUGUGGAAUUUGUUUCGUUAAUAAAUAUUAAAGAGGGUCCUGAAGGGAGGGGGGGGGGGUCCCAAUCCCAUUUCCCAUUGAAAUCCCAGUCAAUAAUAAAGUUAUUUAUCGGUAGAAUAAACAGUUUUAAGACCUUUUAAGCCACCGUGUGUGCGCACCGUGUGGCAGAAGUGGUUGUGCUUUGCUUUUGAGGUAUAUACUAAGGGUUAAAUGAAGUAUAUACCGGAAACCAGGCAUGAAACAAAAUAAGAAGUUAUGAAUAUUCUGAUCUUUUAAACAUAAUUACAAUACAUGAGUAAGUAUAAUACCAUUUCUAACUUUUUAUUUAACAACACUGCACCUGUCCUAUUGCCCGUGCGCUGAUUGGCUAAGAGCCGUGUUGACAUAACUUAAUGUCAACACGGAAAAUUUCCCUCCGCUCUUUAAAUUUAAAAGCGUAUCCCCGAAAUGUAUGCAGACAGUGUGCUUUACUAUAAAAAAUUAUAAUUUUUUUUUCAGUAUUGAUAUUCCAUACAUAUCAACACUCGUGGAAAUUGGGGAAAACUCGAAAUUGUGUGAAAACACUCCAGCCGCCGGGCGUCGUGCAGUUUACACACAAUUUCUCGUUUUCGCAAUUCCUACUCGUGUUGAUAUAACUGUAUAUCAACACAGGAAAUGUUUUAUAUUUGUUAAAUAAAAUACCGUUAUAGAAGAUUGUUGAAUAAUAUAAUCUUUGAAAUUUCAACAAUUAACAUUUGAAAAACGUAUAUAAUUAACAAUGAAAUGUUAGAAUGUUAACAGUUCCCCAAAUGUUGAAGUUGUUGACUUCCUGUUUUAUAUAUACUUUUGAUAUAUUGCUCUUUUUUUCAUGCUUCAUUGAACAGUAAAUGAUUAUAAAAACAGUAUAAAGUAAUUUUGUGGAAGAAGAAUAAACAGAAAAUUAGAAGAUUUUUAGCCUCAAUUAAAAUCUUCUUUACAUGAACGAGUAACAUUUUGCAAAAUUUCCACGACGUUAUGCCUGGUACAGUUUAGUCACUUUCCUCUUUGAGUUCACCUCGAAUCGACUUGCAUUUCCAACUUUAUGCCCUUGGUGAAGAUUUGCGAAAUCAAUAAAAGUGCUGUUUCCCACGAAAACAACCCAAUUACAUGUUUUGCCAUUCAAUCUAAAAAGAGAUUAAUUAUCUAGGGCACUCAGAAACUGCACAUUAAGUUAUGCACGUGCAAUUAAGUUAUGUACAUGUAUAAAUUAUGCAAUGGCCAAUACACAUUUAGUCUACUAUGCCCGGCAAAGCAAGACAAGCAUUGCUAAUUUCUCAUCCUGCAUUCUCGACCAAAUUUAACCAAAAUUUAAUCAGUUUGUCUUUGGACAAUGUCCAUUAUAUUAGUCUCACCAAUUUUAGUAUGAACACGUCGGAUAUUUUUUUAAGAUAUCGUCCUGACAGAAAAGCGCACACACAGACACACACACAUACAUACAACAUCCAGGUAUAUAGCCUAGAGGUAAUAAUUAUUUUGCAGAGUGUUGCUUUGGAUAUAUUUUCAAAACAACUUUAUUAACGCUGAAACUUUGGCUAUUAGAAAGUCAUUCAUGGGUAUUACGGCAACGAUUUACUUUUUGGGAAAGUAAAAGAAGACACGUGGUAUCAUAUCACUUGGACAUCUGAAAAAGAUCUCAAUGGAGUAGAGACAAGGUAUUUGUUGAACAUGGCGUACUUUACAAUUAAUUUGUUUUAUAAUGGUCCGUAUUCACGGACAUGAUCUACUCUACUUUCUUACCAAUAUGAAUAUAUCACGUUGAAUUGUGACCUUAAAAAUUGGAUGUACGUGUUACACUAUGCUGUAAAUCGCAAAACGUGCGAAUCAGGUAGGUCGUUUGCAAAUUGCGCCACUAGCUAGAAGCAAAACAAAGUUUGUCCAAGUAUUUAUCCAAUAUUGGCUUCUUUAGUUCCCACCCCUCCUGCAUUUUCUUAUUAGUACAGAAGCAUUACUAUAUUAAAAAAUGCUGUGCUGAGUGGUUAUAUUACUACCUUAGUAUAAUCACUCAGCACAGAAUUUUCACAUUGGUACUACCCACACUGGCACAAACAAUUUUAUUAUUAUACUAGAAAAUACAUGCAUACAAAAACCCUCGCCUUACUGACAAAACAUUAUGUUUUCUGAAUAUGAAGAAUUGAAAGUAGUUGUCAUGGACAUGGUAACACGAUAAUUUUAAGAAUAGUUUUGAAAUUGAAAAAUACCCACAAAAUAUCACUUUUAAUAACAAAAUUACCAAUUUCCCAAACAUAUAUAUGCUAGGUAUGUUAUUAUAGGUAAUAUAAGCUUCAAUUUAAUGUAAAAUUCAACCACAAACGCUUCGCAAAACGUUUUAAAAUGUUCUUAACACUAAUCGGCCUUCGAAUUAUCGGUAAACAAUUGAGUUUGAAACAAACUGAUUUCAAAUUCUCGCAUGAAAAUAACUUUGCUUUCCUCAUUAUUUAAAUACUUUAAUAUACAAAAGAAAGGUUAAUUAAUAAAACUACACUGCAAUUCUAUGCUGGGUUUUUUUCACUUAUAUACACAAUGAUAGUAUCACUAUAACUAUCAGUUCGAUAUUCGCAGUAUAGCCCACCACUAUCAGUUAUAAAUAUAUCAAUUAUAAAACAAACAGUAGGCCUACAUCAAUAUUUAAAACAAACUUACCUUCAUUAACGUUGGCGACUUUGCUCUAUUCUCUUAGACGUUUUUAGACGUUUUUUGGCUCUCAGAAAGGUUUUAAAAUUUACAAAAUCUUGCAAAAAUACAACUUACUUAAUAAAUGUUCGUUAUUUCGCUGUCGUCAAUGCAGUCGUUAUAAUGCAAAUUUCAAUUUGACCAAUCAGUGUUCACUAUCACGACAGUCCGCUACAUAUUUUGAGAUCAGUGAGGAUGACCACCCAUGAACCAUGAACGGUGAGCCAUGCGCCCACGAUAUUUGCUGAACUUUAGACUUGGCUAGUGCGUUCCUUUCCCCGGGUGUAAAUAGCCGGGCGGAAUUAAUACCCUCGCACGGCGCUUCCCGCCGUCGGCUCGGGGAUUAAUAUAGUAAUAUAACCACUCAGCACAGCAUUUUCACGUUGAUACUACUCACACUGGUACAGACAUGCAGUUUUAUUAUUAUAUUAGACUAUUUCACAUCUACCGCUUGUUGUGCCAGCGACAACUGACAACCAAAUGGAAACUAGGCUUAAGGGAACCAAUCAGAAUUCCCAAAGGCCAUUAUACAAUAUAGUCUGAGACUUGAAACGGCUAUCCCGACAUAGCUCUAACGACAUGUUUAUAGCGCUUCUUGCAAAUAAUAGUCUGAGCAUGCGCAUUAAGUUAAAAACAUUGCUCAGCUACAAAUAAUAGUCUGAGCAUGCGUAUUGCCUUCAAUUUUUUUAAAAAUGGCAGCUCGCUUUGCUGAACUUUCGGAAAAUGAGUUGUCUUGCUUACUUGAAGAAAAAAAAGCGGAAAACACAAAAAAGCGACUAAAACCGCCGUCGACGUCAAUGUCUUUCGCCAGUAUUUAGAAGCAGGACAAAUCAACGAAGACGAUCUAGUUGGCCCAAAAGAAACUCCUGCCAACGUCCUUCGCAAGUUUUAUGCAGAAGCAAGAAAGUGAGACAGUGAACUUAUAUUAAACGAAAGAUAAAAUGAAGCUUUAUAAGUGAAUGAUAAAACAAUUAUUGAAAUAUGCCACCCACCCCGGGAAAAUCCUUAAAAAAGGCCCUGACAGAAAGCAUAAAAUGAUAAAAAUUCUAUUAGCAAGCCGAUAUGGUAUAUAAUUAUUGUAGAUUUCAUAAGGAUUGUCAUUGUUUUCUAUAACUAUAAUACAUUUUAUUUCACUUACCCCCAACGAAAACACGAUUUCAGCCAUAUUUUGCCGUCUUGUUUGCUUUUUAUCGCCGAGUCUCGCAAGUAUCAUCCAAUUGUUGUACUUCUACAUAAUGAUAGAUGGCUAAAGAAGAUUUCAACCAAGUUUCAUCAAGGUUGUCAAAUAUGCCGUCAUUAACUGUAAAACAGUUGAGAUUGCCUGUGCUAAAUGAAACACAUACUGAUUUUAUGAACGUCCCAACCUCGUUCCUUGGCUCUUCCCUCUUGUUGGGGAAAAGACCCUGGCUGUGGCUGGUCACGUACGUUAAAUCCGUUGGGUUUUCACAACGUAACCACAUCAGUUGCUCGAUCAAUCUAGAAGAUUUUUUACACUUUUUGAUUGUGUUUUUAUAGCGACGCGUGCUUUUCUUACCAAAAGCCUUGUGUCCACUGAAAUCCAACAUCUCGCUUGACUAAUGUAACCCAACACUGAAUGAUACAAAGGACGAAGUCGUGUCAUAAUAAAUACGAAAACUUUCAGGAUUUCUUGUUGCAAAUUUAAAUUUUAUUAUCCAAACUAUAUAAAUAUACACAACUACACAAGUUGUCAUUUUCCAAACGCGCUUCCCUGCCACCCUACCCUAAUGACAAUUUUAAUUUACCACGCGAAAUCCGCGUGACACGUGACCAGCCCCAGGGUCUUUCCUCCAACAAGAGGGAAGAGCCUGGGAACGAGGUUGUGCAGGUCCUAGACUAAUACUGAAAUUAUACUUAUUCCAAAUAGUGUUAUUUUUAGAGUGUAUAAAGAAGAUGGUGGUUAUAUUUUUCAUCUUGGCGUCAUUGUUGACAGCAAGCGACAGAAACCUUUAAUUUGAGUUUUUAUAUUUCAGAUGUAUAAUCAUAAAUGGUCAGCACGAUUGCAAAGAAAACAAAGGCGGGGCUUAUCAGGGUAGCGGUGCAACAACUCUUGGUGCGUGGGGGCAUGAAAAAUUUGAUGAUAAUUUUCUUUUGGACAAUCUUAUCAUAACCUCUGGUAUUGUUCAGUAUAGCACCGAGACAAUGGGCGAAAAGCAAUUGUGUUUUGCUAGAACACUUGACGAAAGUUUACCAUGA